GCUUGGAUUUGUGGGAGCCGCUGAGUUUCGAAAGAAGGUUAACUCGGACGCUUGGCAUCAGCGAAUAUUUAUAACCGAAUAAUUUCCGUCGGGCGUAGUACCGGGUCAGUUCCGGCUACACCUUCUUAGUAGAGGAACCCCUUUCGAGUAUUGGUGACUGUGGCUGUUGAGGAUCAGAUGUGUCUUUGGGUGGUUCGACCUUAUGAGGCGUCUUCGUGUCAUCAUCCUCCCUGCGUUUGUUGGACGUUCCGACAUUCUGGGCAUAAGCCCACGCGCCUAUCCCACGAAGGUCGUUGCCGAUAUUGGAAUCCAUGUCGACUACUUAACAGAGCUGAUGUGUGGUCGGCGUGACGAAAUGGAAGCCGUUAGUUUUUUGGUGUCGAUAUAUUCAUCGCGAAUCGAUCUAUCCAGGAGCAAGAAGUGAUAUAUAACUGUGUCAGUACUGUCGACAAGGUUGAAUGUCGAGGCUGGCAUCGUAGCACCCAUACAACCCAAGUACCUCUUCAGCUCUCCUCUCGUGCGGCGAACUUGAUGUGCAUUUCAAAAGUGUAAGACGUUGCAUGCAGACGUUGUUAUGCCUUAGGUGCAUGGUAGGCUUAUCGACAUCGGAAAUACGAAGCCGAGGCAUACGAGUACGAGC